GCCCGGGCCCCCGGCCCGUGGGGCGGCUGCUGCUGCCGAGGGAGCCCUGGCCCCGCCUCCUCCCCCGGCGCUGGUGCAGCCUCCCGCCGCACCAGAAGGUGCCUUUGCCAGCUCUUUCGCCUACAAUGCAGAUGGGGACUAUCGCUCGGUGGGAGAAGAAGGAAGGGGAGAAGAUCAGCGAGGGAGAUCUGAUUGCAGAGGUGGAAACAGACAAAGCGACAGUGGGAUUUGAGAGUCUGGAAGAAUGUUAUUUGGCCAAGAUCCUGGUAGCAGAAGGGACAAGAGAUGUUCCCAUUGGGUCUGUAAUAUGUAUCACAGUUGAAAAGCCUGAGUUUAUUGAUGCCUUUAAGAAUUUUACCUUGGAUUCUGCAGCAUCUGCUGCUCCAGCAGCCUCAGUGCCUCCUCCUCCAACGGCAGCUCCCCCACCACCAGCUCAGCCCUCUGUGCAGGCUCCAGGCAGCUCCUACCCUCCUCACAUGCAGAUUCUUCUCCCUGCUCUCUCGCCUACGAUGACAAUGGGCACGGUUCAGAGGUGGGAGAAGAAGGUUGGUGAGAAACUGAGUGAAGGAGACUUAUUGGCAGAAAUUGAAACAGACAAAGCCACGAUAGGCUUUGAAGUGCAGGAAGAAGGUUAUCUGGCAAAAAUUCUGGUGUCUGAAGGAACAAGGGAUGUGCCAUUAGGAACCCCACUCUGUAUCAUUGUGGAGAAGGAGUCUGAUAUUCCAGCAUUUGCUGACUACAGGGAGACUGGAGUAGCUGACAUCAAACCACAAGCACCACCACCCAGUCCUCCCCCUCCGGCGGCAGCACCUCCACCCCAGCCCACUGCUCCUUCAGCUCCAGCAGUCACAUCACCCGGGGCUCCCGCACAUAAAGGAAGGGUAAUAAUUAGCCCCCUGGCGAAGAAAUUGGCAGCAGAAAGAGGAAUUGACAUUGCGCAGGUGAAAGGUACUGGACCAGAUGGCAGAAUCACAAAGAAAGAUAUUGAGUCAUUUGUGCCUCCAAAGGUUGUCCCUCCCCAGGCAGCUCCUGUUGCACCUGCAGCUCCAACAGCAGCACCACCUCCUUCAGGCGUCUUCACAGAUAUCCCCAUCAGUAAUAUUCGGAGGGUCAUUGCUCAGCGUUUGAUGCAGUCUAAACAAACAAUACCUCACUACUAUCUGUCUAUUGAUAUAAAUGUGGGAGAAAUACUGGAGCUCAGGAAAGAACUUAAUAAGGAGGUGUCAGAGAACAUUAAGCUUUCUGUCAAUGAUUUCAUCAUUAAAGCUUCAGCUCUGGCAUGUGUGAAGGUGCCUGAAGCCAAUUCCUCAUGGUUGGACACUGUUAUCAGGCAAAAUCAUGUAGUGGAUGUUAGCAUUGCAGUGAGUACUCCCGCAGGGCUUAUAACGCCCAUCGUGUUCAAUGCGCACAUAAAGGGACUGGCUUCCAUUAGUAAAGACGUUGCCUCUUUGGCAGCCAAAGCACGAGAAGGUAAACUUCAGCCCCAUGAAUUCCAGGGAGGCACUUUUACGGUUUCCAAUUUAGGAAUGUAUGGGAUUAAGAAUUUCUCUGCCAUAAUCAAUCCCCCUCAGGCAUGUAUUCUGGCAGUUGGUACUUCAGAAAACAGGCUGGUGCCAGCAAAUAAUGAGAAGGGGUUUGAUGUGGCCAGCAUGAUGUCAGUUACUCUCAGUUGUGACCAUCGAGUUGUGGAUGGAGCAGUUGGAGCCCAGUGGCUUGCUGAGUUCAAAAAGUUCCUUGAAAAGCCAACAACCAUGCUGCUAUAAUUGAACCAAACAACCAAGACUUUCCUAGGUCACAUUGUUCUGUUCUAAUCAAGCUAUUUAUAUUUCAGUGAUUAGACUCUAUUAAACAAAUUUUCCUUAUUUUAAUAUGUAUAUUAACUGGUAAUUUUUACCAGUCUGUACAGAUAAAUAGUUUGCGGAAGGCUUUACAGAGCAAUAUAGUUAUACUGUAUUUUAUACAGUUAAUUUGCCAAUGUUUCUCAAAAAAAAAAGAAAAAAGUCAAGCGUUUUGGAUUUAAAAUCAUGUGAGAACUCCUUAAAGGUCGGGAGGUGGAGGGGAGAGCAUACACAGAUAUAUAAUCCCUUGUGUUCUCAGAAAUAAGAGAACCAGAUUGUAAACAUCUGUGCAAAAGCAUUUGUAAGGAUUGGUAGCUCAAAUUUACAAGCUAGUUGGCUUUUUUUUUAAAAAGUGAACCCUAAGUGGUCUGUUCUCUGCUAGUAUUAGUGAGAGUGACAGGCACAUAUUGAGAGGAGGAAUAUUUUUUCAUAGGACAAAGGGUUCACAUUCCAAUUCCUCCUUGAAAUUCAACACUAGCUCAGAUUUUCACAGCUAAGUGAACCCUUUUAGAGGACUUUAAAAAAUCAUUAAAAAAAA